AUGCAAGGCACGGGGGUCACGAAUUACGACUCCAAGCCGUCGUACGGCUUUUCGGCGGCGACCACCGAAUGGGACGACGCGCUCAUGAAACGCGGUAUUCGUACCCACGAACAAGCCAUGAUUGCCAAAGGUGCUUCGCCAGCAGAGGCUUCUAGGCUCACACAAUUGAGAGAAGGCACAGACACAAACCGCGAAACAGAGUGGGAUACCGGAAAGCAAAGUCCCGACGAAGGGGACGAGUCCGAUGACGAAGAUUUUCUGGACGACGACUUUUUGGUCCAAUACCGGCAACAGCGUCUACAUGAACUUCAAUCCGAACAAAGUGCAAAGACGAAGAAAGGCACAAAUUUUGGAGCAGUGAUUCCGAUUUCUCGUUCGGAAUGGACGCGGGAAGUGAACGAAGCGUCACAGGAAAACGGAGGGAUUUGGGUUAUCGUUUGUUUAACAACGAGCGAUACGGAACGUACGGGUGCUGUUGAACACGCCGUACGGGAGUUGGCGUUUGUUUGUACAAAGCUCAAGUUUGUGUCGAUACCAUCCCAUCAUGCCAUUCCAAAUUGGCCCGAAUCCAACCUACCGAGCUUGUUUUUGUACCGCAACGGUACCAUGCAGCAUGAGCUACUAAGACUCCCGCAAAAUACGAAUAAAGACGAUCUGGAAGAGCAUUUGAAACAGCUAGGUGUUUUGGACGAUACCUAG